AUGACCGUGACAUCUACUCUCCCAUCGCUUGAUAUGCUUGCAUUCUACCUCUGUGGAGUUGGAGUGGUCCUCUCGCUGUGGCGUUGGGCGACGGACCCGCUGCGCCGAGUUCCUGGCCCGUUUCUAGCGAGGUGGACGCCGUUUUGGCUGAUGUAUCAUGCCCGGAAAGGAGAGCGUUACCUCGCCGUCCAUGAACUGCAUCUGAAAUACGGCCCCGUUGUUAGAAUAGCGCCGUGGCAUGUCUCAUUUGCCUCGCCUGAAGCCCCAUCCAAGGUUUACGCCCAAGGAAGUGCAGCGCUCGAUAAAUCACCUUUCUACCGUGCCUUCUAUGUACAAGGCACCGAAUCGCUGUUUAGCACACAAAAUCGCGCUCUCCACUCCUCCAAACGCCGUCUUCUCUCGCAGCCAUUCUCUUACCAGAGCAUCCGGGGAUUCGAGUCAUUUAUGCGCGAAUCAUUGGGCCGAUUUGUUCUCCGGGUUGACCGCAUCUGUGCUGGCGACCAGUUUGGCGACGCCGUACGGCCAAACUCCGUUAUGGAUGUCCUGCUCUGGUUUAACUAUCUUGCGUUCGACAUAAUUUCGGAUCUUGCUUUCGGUGAACCGCUGGGCAUGGUCGACAAGGGCUCCGAUAUCCUUCCUGCAGAACGAAAGGACGGGACCAUAUUUGAAGAGCAUGCUGCCGCUUUGAUCGACCAGCGCGGACGAACAGCGGCUGUCGUCGGCUUGGUCCCCAGCGUCGAAGAAUAUACCAAGAUGUUACCAAUACCGUUCAUCACUGCUGGCUACAAGUCGACCGAAUCGUUGUCGCGUAUUGCAACUCGGUGUGUCAAACACCGCGUCGAGAGCGGCGUUACUCGAGAUGACAUGUUGGAACGUUUAAUUGAGGGCGUUAGGGAAAAGGAAGGCGGAACUGUUAGUCAAGACGAAGUCGUCACGGAAGCCAUGCUUUUAUUGACGGCUGGCGCAGAUACCACAGCGAACUCGUUGACUGCGAUUCUGUUCUACAUCUUGACGAACCCAAGUAUCUACGCGAAAGUUGUGGCUGAGCUGGACAGCAUCAACGCUGGUCUUGCUGAGCUGGAUUCGACCGCUUCGCGGCCGCAAGCGGCUCGACUUAACAGUGCUAUUGAGCUCGAAACCGCGACUGAUAGUCUGCCAACCCAUGAACAAAUCAAGUCGCUGCCUUACCUUAACGCCACUAUCGAAGAGGGCCUCCGACUAUUUGCGACAAAUGCGUUUGGGCUGCCGCGUAUCGUCGGUGAGGCGUUUGAGCUCGACGGGGUUGCUGUUCCCAAGGGUUAUGAAGUCAGCGCCCCGGCGUAUACUAUCCAGCGCGACCCACGCAUUUGGGGAGAGGAUGCGGAAAUGUAUAGGCCCGAGCGGUGGAUCGAGGAUGGUGGCGGGAUGCUGAAGAAGCAUAUGCUCACGUUUGGGAGCGGACCCCGCGCGUGUAUCGGGAAGAAUCUCGCAUACAUCCAGAUGCAACUUGCCCUGGCAACGGUAUUGCUGCGUUACGAAUUCACGAUGCCGCCAGGAACAGAACUCCGCAGUGUGGAGGGGUUCAUGCACCGGCCGCUGGAGUUGUGGUUGGGUGUAAAACGACGUGGUCAAGGUCUGAAGGUAUGA